AUGGUUCAAGGUGGUGUGGUGGAAAUUCCUCCCGACUUUGUUCCCUUGGAGCACGUUUGUCGGGCCAUGAGGAAUGCGGACUGCCGCACCCCGGUUAUUUUUUUCUACGAAGAUGGUGACCCCUUCCUUUCUCUGUGCAAAAUUGCCAAGGAGGUGCAAUCCGUCGUGUGGCACUUUGACCUCGUGCUUAUGAAAAGCAUUCAAAAUGCCAUGGACUACGUCGAUGUGGGAACCCAAAACGGGGACUGGGUGCUUAUCACUCACUGUGAGGAGGCUGAGCAGAGCCUCUUUCGCGACAUUGCACUUAGGGUUUUUCUUCUGAAGCCAGAACCGAAGAAGUACCCCCGGCGAGAGUUUUUUCGGUGCUUGUUUUGCGUUGAUAAAGCCUUUGAUAUUGAGGGAACCGCAAAGUUGCCUUUUCCACCUGUCAUCCUCAAAAAUUCCAUCAUUGCAAGGCGCAUUGGUGAUCACUCCUCGAAAUGGUCCGUUAAACUUCCCUCGGAUGCCAAAUACCUGGAAAUUGCGGCGUUAAAGCGCGAGCGACGUCGCGAGGCCGGUCGUGAUAGCGACAGUGAAACCGACCUAAGCGAAGAUGAAAAGUUGUCUGGUAUGUGGUUUUACCGCUCGGUGGAACUAAAUAAUGCUGUGGAUGACUCCCCGUUAACCAGGGCAGAGGAGGAAAUGCAAAUUGCGCUGGAUGAGGAGGAUGUAGACACUAUUAAACGCCUUAUCACGGACGGAAAGAUUGGGGUGUCGAAGAUCAUCAAGUGGGGCAUGACGCCGCUUCAAUACGCAUGCUCAAGGGAAAAUGUCAAGGCUGCGAAGUGCCUGCUUGACUGCGGCGCAGACCCCAACCAGCCGCGUCAAAGUGAUGGGUGUCCUCCCAUAUUUAUGUCACUUGAAGAUGCGUCGCUUGUGGAGGCCUUGGUAGAACAUGGCGCAGACUUGUUUCAGACCUACCAGGGAUGGCGGAUAGACGCCCACCCUGACACAUCGCCGCACAUAGCGCGAAUGACGAGAAGAAUGAGAGCGAACAUGUAA